GAUUUCUCUGGUUUUCCUUUUCUCUCUCUAAAAAAAAACCAAUCUUUCUUCAUUUCAGAGAGGAAUUGAAGACAUUUGAAUCUUUCCUUGUGUCUUCUCUACCUCUCCCAUUUCUCUUUCCAUCUUAAAUUUCAAAACCCACAAAUCAAAAACACCACAAUUCAUGAGUUUCGCCGGAUUUCUCGAUAAUAACAUCUCCGGCGCCGGCAACGACGGCGGCGGAACCCGUAUUGUUUCUGAUACACAGUUUAAUAAUAAUAAUAAUAACAUGAUUUCUCAACCGGGUUUUUUCUCUCCUACAACAAUUACUAAAUCUAUUUUCAACUCUCCUGGUCUCUCUCUAGCUCUACAAACGGGUAUGGAUGGACAAGGAGAAAUACCUCGUAUUCCUGAAAAAUUUGAGGUAAAUGUUGGAAGAAGAAGUAGAGAAGAAGAACAUGAUAGUACUAAUAGAUCUGGUAGUGAUAAUUUGGAUGGUGUUUCCGGUGAUGAUCAUGAUUUUACCGACAAACCUCCGAGGAAGAAGAGAUAUCACCGACACACUCCUCAACAAAUUCAAGAACUUGAAUCUUUGUUUAAGGAGUGUCCUCAUCCUGAUGAAAAACAAAGAUUAGAACUUAGUAAAAGACUUUGCUUGGAAACCCGACAAGUUAAAUUCUGGUUUCAGAAUCGAAGAACCCAGAGUAAGACACAACUCGAACGUCACGAGAAUUCGAUCCUAAGACAAGAGAAUGACAGGCUAAGGUCAGAAAACAUGUCAAUAAGAGAAGCAACUAGAAAUCCAAUAUGUACAAACUGUGGUGGUCCAGCCAUAAUGGGUGACCUCUCAUUAGAAGAACAACAUCUCAGAAUCGAAAACUCUCGUUUAAAAGACGAAUUAGAUCGUGUAUGUGCUCUGGCAGGUAAAUUCCUAGGACGUCCCAUUUCAUCGAUAUCCAAUAAUAAUCCCAUGUUUGGAAACAACAUUAAUAACUUAACCGCCUCAACCCCUACAAUCGCGACGAAUCUUGGUUCGGAUUUUGGAAUUGGUAUUGGUAUUGAAAGGUCAUUAGAAAGAUCCAUGUAUUUGGAACUUGCUUUAGUUGCUAUGGAUGAAUUGGUUAAGAUGGCUCAAAGUGAAGAACCAUUGUGGUUUAAGAAUUUGGAAUUGGGUAAUGGUGGAAGAGAUUUGUUAAACCAUGAAGAGUAUUUUAGAACAUUUAAUCCUUGUAUUGGAUUAAAACCUAAUGGAUUUGUUACUGAGGUUUCAAGGGAAUCUGGUUUGGUCAUCAUCAACAGUUUAGCACUUGUUGAGACAUUAAUGGACACUAAUCGAUGGGCCGAGAUGUUUCCGGUUAUGGUUGCAAGAGCCGAGACAACCGACGUAAUAUCAAGUGGUAUGGGUGGAACACGAAAUGGUGCAUUACAAUUGAUGAAUGUGGAGCUUCAAGUUCUUUCACCAUUGGUCCCUGUUCGAAAGGUUAAUUUCCUUCGAUUUUGUAAACAACAUGCCGAAGGGAUUUGGGCUGUUGUUGAUGUAUCGAUCGACUCGAUUCGUGAAUCUUCGUCGGGUGGUGGAGGAAAUGGUUCGAAUUUUGUUAGUAGUUGCAGGAGGCUUCCUUCUGGCUGUUUGGUUCAAGAUAUGCCUAAUGGAUAUUCAAAGGUUACAUGGGUAGAACACUCGGAUUACGACGAGACCAUAAUUCACGAGCUCUAUCGCCCAUUAAUAAGUGCUGGUAUGGGAUUCGGGGCACAAAGAUGGGUGGCGACUCUCCAAAGACAAUGUGAAUGUUUAGCCAUCUUAAUGUCUUCUUCCAUGCCCACAAGAGACCAUACAGCGGCUAUAACAUCGGGAGGAAGGAGAAGUAUGUUAAAGUUAGCACAAAGAAUGACAAAUAAUUUUUGUACCGGAACAUGUGGUUCGACAGUACAUAAAUGGAAUAAGUUGAUUUCUAGUACAAAUAAUAUUGAUGAAGAUGUUAGGGUUAUGACAAGGAAAAGCGUCGACGAUCCCGGCGAACCGCCGGGAAUUGUAUUAAGUGCCGCUACGUCUGUUUGGUUGCCGGUUUCUCCUCAAAGAUUGUUUGAUUUCUUGAGAGAUGAACGGCUUAGAUGUGAAUGGGAUAUUUUAUCCAACGGUGGUCCUAUGCAAGAAAUGGCUCAUAUUGCUAAAGGACAAGAUCCAGGAAAUUGUGUCUCUCUCCUUCGUGCCAGUGCGACGAAUUCCAACCAAAGUAGCAUGCUGAUUCUACAAGAGACAUGCAUAGACUCUUCAGGUUCACUUGUGGUUUACGCGCCGGUUGAUAUUCCAGCCAUGCAUGUCGUGAUGAAAGGUGGCGAUUCCGCCUACGUGGCGCUUCUCCCAUCCGGGUUUUCCAUUGUGCCUGACGGGUCAGGCUCAAGAUCCAGAUCCAGAUCAAGACAAGUAAACGGGCCAAACACCGAUGUAAGUGGAUCACUUCUAACGGUUGCGUUUCAAAUCUUGGUGAAUAGUCUUCCAACCGCUAAGCUAAACGUGGAAUCAGUUGAGACGGUUAACAAUCUCAUCGCAUGCACGGUUCAGAGAAUCAAAGCUUCUCUUCAUUGUGAAAGUUGAUCGAUUAUUUAUCAUCAUAACUAUGAGUUAAUUAUAAUUAAUCUAUGUAAUCAUGUAAAGCGAAUAAUCGCUUGUUCAAUCCCUAUUAAAAACCUUUGUUAUGUUCAACUGGAUUAAAAAAAAAAAAGUCAUGGGUUUGAGUCAAGAACGAACCAACUUUUGUGAGAGGUAAUAUAUGCAAUAGUAACAUAGAGAGUCAAUUCGGGAUUUAAACAAUAAUGUAAGCGUGUAAGGAUAAUUGGUGGUUCGGGUAUUGACUCGGGUUUUUAAGAAAUAGAUAUAUUAUUGGUAGGUAACAUUAGUAUAAUUUAUUAAUUUUGUGGA